CCUCCCCUUCCCCACGCUGUCUAAUUUUUUAUUUUUUUAUUUUUUUUUUUAUUUUUAUUUUCACUUUAUAGCUCUUCUUCUACAAAUGUCAACAUCUUCACAAAGACCAUUUUUAUCCCUUCCAAAGACUUAUUAUAUAUUAACAAAAGUACAAAAUAUAUCUGCUAUUGCAUUUUCAACAUUUACAGUUGUUCAUGUAAGUCAAUUACUUGCUGCUAAUGUCGGUGGUGUACAAUUAUCCAAUCGCAUGCUUAUGUUAGGAAGACCGUUUUAUCAAGAUCAACAUAUAGAAGGUCUUGUGAUAACUGGAGCUGCAGUGACACAUGCCAUGGCAGGUAUGGGCAAAUGGCUUAUUCGAUAUUAUUGGAGGACACCAAAUAACAACAACUCAACCUAUUCUUUACAUAGUCUCUCAGGCUAUUUGUUAAUACCCCUUAUGGGACUUCAUUAUAUUCUUGUACGUAAUUUACCUAAACACUAUUAUGGCGAUUCCUCCUUUAUCGAUUUUGGUUAUGUCGCUUGGGGUUUACAAAAUCGCCCUCUUUUCACUUCUAUUUUACAUGUAGGAUUGAUCAUGACAAGCACUUAUCAUAUCAUGAAUGGUUUCAAGUAUUUAAUAAAUGGCAAUAAGAAAAAAUCUACUCAUAAACAAAGAUAUCAAGUCAUAUUUGAAAGAGGCCUUGUUGCAUGCACUAGUUUAGCUCUUAUUUCAAGUCUGUUCAUCAUUGGAAAAGAAACAAAAAAGAUACCUUUACGUCUUGAUUUUGAAAAAAUAUAUAAACAAAUUUACAUUUAAACAAUAAUAAAAGUUUCCAUAAUUAUUAUUAUUAUCAUUAUCAUUAUUAUUACAUAAUAUGCAAAAAUUCUUUCUUUC